UGGCGACUGUGUUGCGGGCUGCGAAGAAUUUCCAUAGCUGAACGAGGAAAAAACGAUUAAAUUAAAACACAUCAAACAAUCUGAUACCGUAAUUACCAGUAAACUACUGUACUACACAAGUAGGACCUGAAAAAUAUAUGCAUUACUCUUUAUGACAGUAAUAUGAAAGGAAAGCUGCACGUUUUAUUGGAGAAUCGUCGAUGCAAACAAAAAUGGCGACCGGCUUGAACGAGACAAGUGUACAGAAGAAAUUCGAGAGCCUAACAGGUGCACAAGACAGUAUACAAAGUGUUUCUCUGUGGAUAAUACACCACAAGUCUGAGAGUAGUGUUUUGGUUAAUAUCUGGUUAAAAGUGCUAAGGAAGGUUUCUACUUCUCAACGACUACUGUUAUUUUAUUUGUGUAAUGAUGUUGUACAAAAUUGUAAGAGAAAACAAGCACCAGUAUUUCUUGAAAGCUUUAAGUCAGUUCUUGUGGAAGGUCUUCAAUUUGUAAGAGAGGCUUCUAUUAAGCCAAAGGUGCUAAGAAUACUAAAUAUUUGGGAAGAACGAAAUGUUUAUAAACCAUCAUUUAUAACACAAUUAAAAUCGGUACUUGAUUUAAACUUGAAUAAUACUAGCAGUUCUAAAAGUACUUAUAAACCAUCUAAAGUUGAGAGUAAACCUGUGCAAUCUAAAGAAGCUAAAGAUACCAAGGAAAAAACAUCUAAAAGAACUGUUCAAACUACUCUGUUAGCAGAGUUUAAGCCACAGACAAUGAUACACAAGGUGACAGCAUUUAGGAAAAUUGAAUUAGAAAAUGAACUUAAACAGCAACAGUUAUCAAAAGUGAAAUUUGAUGAAUCUACUUUAGAAGCUGUUAAACAGUUAAAAGAUAAAUCACAGGGGAAAGAAUUCACAAACAAUUUUGAAGAUGAUGUAUCUAAAAUAGAAGCUACUGUUAACUAUCUGGAACAAGAUGUAAAUGAUCGAGGAGAAAUAAUCGAUUUAGCAGAAACUAGUGAAUUAUAUUAUGAUGACAAUUAUCGAGAGGCUAAAAGAGUUGCCAUUGCAUAUAAAAAUUUUGGUACCCGAAUCAACAAUAUGAAAAGAAAGUUAGAUGAUAUUAAAAAUAAAUUUCCUGGAACACCAAGUCCUGUAGCCUCACCUAUAUUAGAUGCUCCAUCGCCAGAACCCACGCCACCACAAUCAGAUCCUAAUGAUUAUACUAAUACUAUAGAUAUGGACGUAGACUCGGGUGAUGAAAAGAAAUCAAGAAAAGCUAAAAAUGACCCUAGAGCAGAACACAAGAAAUCACAAACCGUUUCUAACUCGAAUUCAAACUCUUCACAAAAUAAUACAACAUCUGCGACUACUACUACUGAACAGAAUCGAAAAUGUGAGCUUGAACCCAAGGUGAAAAUACCAAAAGAAGAAAAAUCUCAUCAUAAAUCUCAUUCCAGACUACGCAGUGUUGUGAGUGUUGUCACACCAGCAGAGAAAGAAAAACAUAAAAAUCAUGAAUCACAUAAAAAGUCACAUUCUCAGAGUAAAAGGGAAAGUGUGGAAGAUGUGGAAGAAGGGUGUUCAACUCCUGUUCAAGAUGAAGCCACCAUUGAUGUACCAACGCAAAAAGAGAACCCAAUAGACUUUUUAACCAAACUAUUAUCAAAAACAAACUCCUCUGUGCCUGUUACUGGAGCUAGUUUUCUCCAGAACUUAUCAUUACUAACUAGUACUGUUAAAUCACAAUAUGAGCAAAAUAAACUCACCAAAGAUUCUCCUAAAGAAGAGGAUUCAAACAACAGAGACUCUCAGAGUGAUGAAACACCUCCCUCUUGGGCGGCAUGGACAGCUGAGGAAUCGACUCCAGAGCCCACGUCACCAGUUCAAAUUCCUACAAUUCAAGGUUUUUCUCCAGGGGUAACUCCUGUAAAUCAUAUUUUGUCACACUCUCAAGCCAUGCAUAUGGUACCUCCAAACAGCUCUGUACCUGGUGGAAUGACUCCAGGCAUGACAUCUCCGAUGGGUUCGAGGAUGCCAGUGCCUGUACAACCUAUUAUGAUUCCAAAUUCAAAUCCUAGUAAUGUACCCCCUGGUCCUCCUCCUGGUAUGGUUGUUCAACCCAUUCAAACUCAGUAUCAGCAUCCAGCUCCUCCGGGAGUAAUACCUCAUUUGAUGCAGCAUGGGCAACCCCAACCAGUCAUGUAUCCCCAUCAACAGGCAACAGGUAUUAUACCACCAGGUACUGCAAUGAUGACUCAAUCCCAUCCUUCUAAUCACAAUCUUGCAUCUCCUAGAGGUACCAACACAAGUCCUGAAGCUCUUUUGACCAGUCCUGCUGUCUCGAGAGUUGGCUUUAACUUUAAUGGCUCUCAACCACAUUUACGACAUCAUACAGCACCACCACUUCCACCAAUUCUUCCUUCUCAAGGUGCAGUAAUUCAGACAGAUGAUGGUGGAAUCGAUGAUAUCUUAAAUCAGAUUGUUACUGGGGAAGGAUUUCAACAGACAUCACCAGGGGAGAAAGAAAACCAUCCUAGUGAAAUGGGUGGAACUGAGGUAAUGGAUCAAAUAAUGAACGUUCAUGGUGAUAGAGGACCUCAUCAACCACAUGAUCCAUCUGUAUCCUUUCUAUCUCCCACUAAAAGUAUUUUGCGACAACCUAAGUCAGUUUUACAAGAAGUACCAAUUUCAACUAGUCAGCCUAGCAGCACAAGUUCUGUCGUAAUUCCUCUCAGUGAUUCGGUCAAUAUGGCUGGGGAUAGUAGUGAAGCAAUAGAUAUUCAUCCGCAAUUCAUUCAAAUACUAGGGUCAGUUGAACGUGACCCCACGGAAGAUAUAGAGGACUUUUCUGAAAAAUUGAAUACUGGAAACAAUCGAGGUAAUUUAUUCACUCGUAAUCCUAUGCGUCCUAAUUUAACAUGUCUCACGCCACAAGAAGAUAUAUCUACACUAGGUAAUAAUCAUAAUAAUGAAGAACCGCGUCCAAUUAUGACUCUUGGAGGAUCCCGACCUAUUCAAUCAGUAGUUGAUUGUUUAGAAGCUGGAGAAGUACCAGAAAUCGAACCUCAGUUAGAAAGAGAUCAGCUGGAGAGAUCUCAUUCAUAUGAGCAUGUUAAUAGGAUCCAUACAGUUGAUGAUAGACAGUUUGAGCCCCCGCUGCCUCCAAUACAUCACCAUCGGCCUCCCCCACCCCAUCAUGAUCCAUAUUAUAAUCGUCCCCCUCGUGAUCCUUAUGCAAGGUAUCCCCCAGAAAGAUAUAUGUACCCCAGAGAUCCAUAUUUUGACCCACGAGACCCUUAUGGACCUCCGCCACCAAAGAGACCUUAUCCUCCGGAAGGGCAAAGACGGAGACCUUUCUAUCGUUAUUAAGUGUGACAGUUGUUAUUUGUAUAUAUGGCGAUAUGUGUGUGAAUGACUUUAUCUCAGUACAGUUUAACACAAGAUGAUACUAGACCCAAUUAAAUGGUUUGCUUUGGUUGAAAGAACUUUUCAUCAUGCUUCAUUAAUUAAAUCAGAAAUUGUCAUGAUUGUCAUUUUACUCUUGUUCUUAAUGAUGGGACAGUGCUUAACUUGUUUAUUUAUAUAUGAACAACAUGUAGUAGUAUACAUACAUUUGGAUAAAUACAUAAUAAAGGAAGACAACUCAACAUCAUAAAUAUGGAAUGCAAAUAAUAAGUUAUAAUGUUGAUGAGAAUGUUAUUGAACUUUAGUAUCUGUGUUAGUAUCAAUAAACAAAUUAUUGCUAAAUCAUUUAAAAACAUAGUUUGACCUAGAUUUAUAUACUUGCAAAAUAUUGAUUAGCCGGUAUAAAAUCUUUGGUUGACAGUUAUUGUAAAUUGCACAAGAUCAUGUAUUUAUUUUAUAAACAUAUAUUAUGUAUACAAUGAGUUGUAUUGUAAUAAUCUACCAGUGUUUAAUGUACAUAUGUAUGUAAGUAAUGGAUGUAUUUUAAUAAUAAAAUCAAGUAAUGCAGAGAAUUAAUCAUAUAAAAGUCCACUUUCCAAGGAUUAUGUGCCUCAACAAAAGAAACAAGAGUCAAUUUAUAUAUCUCUGGAAAGGGACAUUUUUGAAGUCUAUUUUACGGUAAUUGAAGUAGUUUUAGAUUCUAUGUUCAAGCUUGACAACAAGAUUAUUUUUUAGGACCAUAGUCUGUAGUUGAAAAUGAGCAUAUGAUAUACAUACACAUCAAAUACAUAUUUAUUCUAUAAAUGCCAUUUUGAAAUAUGCAGUCAUUUUAUGGCAAAAGGUUUUGUUCUAUAAGCAAAAAUUUAUAAUUGAAUUUGAUAAUCGAGACAAUGUAUUAUUAUAUUAUCAUUCCAUGCUUACAUUGAGGUGUUAUAUUCAUUGUUUAAAGGACAAUAUUGGUGCCAGUCAUUAUCACAUAUGUUAUAGAACUGGUUAAACAUGUUCCAAGUAUUAUUUUAUCACAGAGAUCAUUGCUACGAUAGAUGCGUAAUCAAUGCUUGAACAAUUGGAAGUGACGAACGCAAAAGGAAAACACGAGUUAUCCCUCUAGACAACUUUUGGUCUUCGAAAGAAUUAUUAGUGAGCAGAAAUUCGCCCAUGUAUCUGUUAUCACUCGUCACUUCAGUCAGUUAUAUAGAGGGAUAACUCGUGUUUUCCUUUUGCGUUCGUCACUCCGAUUGUUGAAACAUUGAUUAUGCAUCUAUCAUAGCAAUGAUCUC